AUGUCUCCCGAAGCACCGGACAAAACCAAUACAUCCAACAAACGAACAGCCGCAUUUUCCAUCCUAGCUCUCAUUGUUGCUAUUACCAUCGCUCUAUUCUGGGGUGAGUCCGCCAAUCUGUUCGGACUACGACGUUUCUUCUCUACGCGACCUGGGGCCUCAGUCGCCGCAGCGCCCUCCGUUGCCGCAAUUGACAACACAAGUCGAAGUCAAUUGCAAUCCAAGAUGAAGACACCAAUCUAUUUCCUCAGCCACGGCGGCCCGAACGUCAUGUACGACGUCGAGCACCCGGCCUACCGCAAACUCGCCCAGAUCGGCCGUGAAAUCACGACCAAGGUCAAGCCUCGGGCUGUGGUUGUUUUCUCGGCUCAUUGGCAAGCUGGUCGCGAUACGAUCCAGGUCAAUACUGCUGAGAUGACCGAUUUGAUCUAUGAUUUCUAUGGCUUCCCAAGCCACUACUAUAAAGAGAAGUACCCGAAUGUGGGCAGCAAGGAAGUUGCAAACAAAGUGCUCGACUCGCUCAAGGACGCGGGGAUCGCAGCAGAGGGCGUGAAGCGUGGACUUGACCAUGGCGUUUGGGCUAGUUUCAAGUGCGCAUUUGAGCCCGAGACAAACCCAUUGAAUGUGCCGAUCGUGCAAGUCUCACUGUUCAACACCGAAGACCCAGACCAGCACUACCGACUGGGCCAAGCGGUUGCUCGUCUUCGAGAGGAAAAUAUCUUGAUCAUUGUUUCCGGAAUGGCGGUGCAUAAUCUCCGUGAUUUGCGAUUCACCUUUGGUAGUAAGACGGCACUUCCGUACGCAGUUAGUUUCGACGAAGCGCUUAAAGAGGCUGCGACGACGGCUCCGGCUGAGCGGCAAAAGGCAUUGGCGGAUUUGCUGAAGCGGCCAGAUGCACGCCAGGCACAUCCGUCUUUCGAGCAUUUGCUGCCUAUUCACAUUGGAGCUGGAGCUGCUGGGGAAGAUCUGGGGAAGAGGACUUGGACAUAUCCCGAGGGAAGUAUGAGUUGGGCGCAGUAUCGAUUCGGUGAACUGGGUAAUGCUAGCUCGUUAUAA